GGGAAGAAGAGUAUGUCAUCGUAGAGGCAAGGCUUGUAACCGUGGCGUUUCUCAGGGGCAUACAUUGUUUUGUACUCACUGCAGAUUCUUGGGACCAACAUGAGAGCUGGAGUUUUCCUUGCAUUCCAGCUGCUGGAAAUUAACAUGGACUUCAAUCUGGGGAAUGUGUUUGGAAAGACAGGGGACCUCAUCAAGUCAGACUACUUUGACAUGUGGGCGGGAGAUGUCCACACGCUCAUCACAUUCCUGAAGACUAUUGAAGAAGGAACAGUAGUGAUGAUGGCCACGUUUGACGAUUCGGCCUCCAAGCUGAACGACGAGUCCAAGAAGAUGAUUGGUGAACUUGGCAGUUCCAGUAUCAGCACAUUAGGUUUCAGGGACAACUGGAUCUUUGUGGGAGGCAAAGGGAUCAAGACCAAGAGUCCCUUUGAGCAGCACAUAAAGAACCACGCCGACACCAACAAGUACGAGGGCUGGCCCGAGGUGCUGGAGAUGGAAUGCUGCAUACCCCAAAGACAGGCGUGAUCUUUUCACUUGAACCCUCGAUCGGCCAUCUCUGGUUCCCUUCAUAGCCGCCCCUUCACGCCUUUGGUUGCAUCUCCCAUUCUUCUCUUAAAAUAGUGUACUUGCACACUUUCCUAUGAUGGCUCUAGCAAUGGUUGAACCUCCCUCCACCUAAUGCUAACACCAACGCAGCCAUUGUAUUUUAGAGACUGUCCCUCUGCGUUGCAGCUGUCAGUGUUUGCAGCAGUCGGUGUUUGACGUCAGGAAGCAUCCUUGUUUGUUUGUGUCAAGGUAUUGUCUAUAUAUAGAAAGAGGAAUGGUAUGGCAGAAAUUCCUGUUAUUGGUUAUUCAGCAGAAUGUACCAAGAUCACUGUGAAAUUUGUAAAUAGAACUACAAAAAAAGUAUCAAACUUUUGAACAUCGAUAUUGUAAUAUAACAUCUUGGAAAGCAAUGUGGCUUAAGAUCCUUGUUACUUAAGAGUGAAUUUAUAUUAUAGCUUUUUAUCUUUAUUGAUUGGUCUUUUUUUUUUAAUGUUAGUUUUUGUGUGGGUUGGGAGUGGAAUGAAUGAGGAAGCAUAGAGCUAAAUCACGUUAGUGGGGAUUUUGUCUUGUGUGCAUCUUCCUUGGAUAGAAUGAGGAUCGUUGGUUUUGGAUGGGGGUCAUGUACCUAAGUCUUUCAGUAACAAUCUUAUCGAUAUUUUAGGGAAAUAUUUAGCUGGUUUUGCUGAUUUAAUAAAUCACUUGGGAAUUUAUUGGCACUUUGACAGCCUUAGAAAAACCAUUCAAGAAAUAGAUUGAUACAGUACAAAGAUGACUAGGUUUUGUGGCUAGAUCUUCCUUUCCCCAGUAUCUCUGGUUUACCUUAAAGACUACUAACUCUGCAUCACAUCUCUUCCACUUGGCUCUCCUAAAGCUUUGAUUACCUCAUUGCGACUGACUUUUUUGUUCUUAUCGUAUAAUGCAAGAACUGCCUAGGCUGAAGCUCUCAGCUUUUAGCUGAGUGACUGUUGGCUUUUGCAACAUUGCAUCAUGUCCCCCCCUGGAUCUUCUUCAGUGAGCGGUCUCAGUACCACUACCACUGUUCAUUAGCUGUGGUCAUAUAAGCUACAAUUCAACCCAGCUGUCAUUUUGUCACACUUGGAAUGGAGUAAGCUACAUAUAUAACACAUAAUACAUUUGACGUUUUAUUUAAAGAAGCAAGUCGGUUAAGAACAAAUUCUUAUUUACAGUGAAGGCCUACACCGGCCAAACCCGGACGAUGCUGGGCCAAUCGUGUGCUGCCCCAUGGGACUACCAAUCAGGACCAGUUGUGAUACCGUCUGGAAUGGAACCAGGGUGUCUAGUGGCUCCUCAAGCACUGAUAUUCAGUGCCUUAGACCGCUGCACCACUCGGGGACCCGUGGAUUAAUUCCUGUUCUGUGUGUGAAGUUGAAUCCAUUGGGAGAUUAUUGCAUAUGCAGUUAUGUCAUGUGCUUCAACUACGGUAACACCUGGUGCUGAAAGUAGCACACGUUUCAGAGUGUAAUGUAAAACUCUUGUUGCCUAAAACAUCUCACCUCGGUCCCCUAGUUGGUUCAAAGGAUAACUGUCUGUUUUUGGUCAAAUGGCAGGAAUACAAUUCUGUUUCUGUUUGCUUUUAGGGCAGCACAUGUAACCUAACACAAUGUGAUUGGAGGCUAUUCUGAAACCUGUUCCCCCAUCCACUUGUCUAUGGAGUCAUUGUAAUGAAGGAAUUCCCCUUUUGUCUCGACAUUGGCAAGAUAUUUAACACAGUGAAUGACAUCCUCUACAUUGCCUUUUUUAAAAGAUCUGUGUCCUGUUUUUUUGGUUUCAUUUGAAAACCUUGAGUGAAGUGAAAAGCCCAAACCGAUACCCCAUCGAUGCCAUUCCAAAAACAAGUGUGCCCUUCCUGCUCUUAAUAGAGUUCAUCCCACCAAUGUGCCUUGUCUGACUGUCUAUGGAUUUGUAAGUCUAUGUAAUGUUCAUUAUUUCUACAUCUACUAAACUACUGACUUGUUAAUCAUUCAUGUUGUUGCAAGGAAGUUAAAUGAGGAACAAUUCUGAUUAUUGUGACUCAUAUUGUUGCAAUGUCUUACAUCUGUGUCGUGAAACAUUUCAAACAACUUACCAUUCAUGAGUAUGAUUAAUAAAGCUCCACCUGUCUUCAUUGUA